GUUAAACCGGAAUUCCGGUGGAUUUUUAAGUUAAUAAAAUCAGAGAGAGUUCCAUUCUGAAAAAUGAUCACUUCCAGCAUGUUUAAUGGAUGCUGUGUAUCACCUUCAACAAAUGGACAAGCUUUCAGCUUUCUUUUUCUUGCCGAAUGGCCCCUGCGCUCUUCCCGAAGUCCCAGGGCUUUUUCUUUUAUGACGCCCUGGCUACGGACGUCGUUUCACUGGCCAUGUGGCCAACCCUGUGACCAAAGUGCGCUUCAACCCUGGAACUUUCUUUACGGUCUUGCGCCGUUACAUGAAUUUAAGAAAUGUAUGUACAUAUUUGAUCGCUACGUAGUACAUAUGUAUUUUCAUGCCGAGGAAGUAGGAUUAGAAGAAGAAAAUUUUUUCGUUCGUAUAGUAUAACUUGUAGAAUCUCGUAGAAGAAAUUGUAGACUUGUAGAAGAUAAAAGUCGUAAAUUUUCCCACAAAAGCAUAAAUUCUGUAGAGGACGCAAGAAAAUAUAGUUAGUUCUAUAAACAAAUAAACAAAUAUUUG